AUGGAGAGCUACACGAUGGAGCCGCUGGACGUCUCGAUGAUGGCGCCGCUGCCGCAGCUGGUCCACACGCCGAUCGACGUGGACAUCUCUUGCCUCUCGCUGCAUGGGCCGCCGCUCGCGCAGCCCGAGGCCGAGCCGCUCUCGCCGUCGCACGCGCCGCCGGCGGUGCUGCCCGCGACCUUUCUGCGCACGAUCUGCGACCAGCUCGA